CAGAGAAAAAAGAAAAGAGAAGAAAAAAUGGGUUAUUUGUCCAUGAAAGGUAAAGCAGCGGUGGUGGCAGCGGCAGCGGUGUUCGUUUUAGCGGUUGCACAGCUGCAGACAGCGGCAUAUGCAGCGGAGUUCGACUACUUUGUGCUGGCUCUACAAUGGCCAGGCAAUUCGUGCAGAAACAUAAGUUCUUGUUGCCCCGACAACGGUUGCUGUCCUGGAUAUGGAAGAACACAUGCUCCCAAUCAAUUUACUAUCCAUGGGCUGUGGCCAGAGUACGACGACGAAGACUCAAAAUGGCCUUCAUGUUGUAGUGACGAAAGAUUCGAUCCAAAAGCGAUUUCUCCCUUGAAUUGGAUUAUUCUUUCAGAGGUUUGGCCAAGUUAUCGAUGUGAUUCUGAAACAACCUGCAAUGGUGAAAAAUCAUCAUUUUUGGCUGCACAGUAUGAGAAGCAUGGAACCUGCGCAGCUCCGAUAAUCAAGGGUCAAUAUGAGUACUUCACCAAAGCCACCACCCUUUACACCAAAUACGAUGUCACCAAAGUUUUGAAUGAUGCUGGAAUUGUAGCUUCUGUUGCUCCAUAUCCUAUUAUGUACAUCUUGGAUGAACUUCGAAGGGCUUUCCAUGCAAUGCCAAAGAUUACAUGUGCUGAAGAUGGAGUUGUCAAGGAAAUCUGGCUAUGCUUUGACAAAGAUUUUAAUCCACGUAAUUGCGCGUUUUCACUAUCAUGCCCCACAUUUGUUAGGCUGCUCCCAACAGACGUGCCCGAUUUCGAGCCUGUGGGUGAGGGAGCAAUUCCAAGGAUGGCUAAAAUUGCUCAAGUAGUUAUCUAAACUUUUUAUGGACCAACAAGUUAAUGGAAAUUAUCCUUUAUUAAUUUCCCUCUCUCAAGUGCUUUGUAAUUCCCACCAUGAAAAUUUGAUACUUUCUAAGUAAAAAGGAGUGGUGGUAUAAUAAAUAAAGGUUGGUUUAAUCAAAUAUCUUUCUUUAA